AUGAGAUUGUUCGCUUUCGGCUCCAACGGAUCCGGCCAACUAGGCAUCGGCCACGAAGAAGACGUGUCCACUCCAACGCAAUGUCUCUUCGAGCAGCCAGAGCCAUCACAAGGAUCCCAAAUAACCACCAUCCAAAACACCAACCUCCCAGAUGAAUCUGAAAUUAGCAUCACCGUAGCAGGCGGAAACCAUACCCUCCUCCUAACAACCAGCGGUUCCAUCUACGCUGCCGGUUGCAAUACAGACGGACGGUGCGGGCCGCGCAGAGCUACCAAAACCCCAAAAGAACCCGAGUCCGACAACAAUGGAAAUAUCCUGCGCUUUCGUCGAAUGAUUCUCCCAGACCCAGUCUCCGGCACUGAGGUAUCCAAGUUCAAACACGUAUCCGCGACGUGGGAGGGCACGAUUGCUGUAACUUCUGUGCCACGAAGCAGCAGCCAUGACGUCGUCCAUGGACUCGAUCCCGAUACAGAAGAUCGAGUUUUCGUACUUGGCUCGUCUCCUAAAGGAGAACUGGGUCUGGGACAAAAUACCCUCGCCCCCGUCCCGGGGACUUGUAUCCCCUCCUUCCCGCCAACGGGGUUACGGAUCACGGCGCUGGCGAGUGGGAUGUCGCAUUCAGCUGUCGUGCUCUCGAAUGGGGACGUGUAUGGCUGGGGCGGAGCGCGGAAGGGUCAGCUCGGGGAAGAGAAUAGAGGGGCUAGGAUUGCUUAUUCUCCUGUUCGUAUUUGUGUGCCGUUUUUCGCGGAGGCUGUUGCUUGUGGGAGGGAGUUUACGGUUGUUUCGGGACGGGGACGGUUUGUUGUUCUUGGGGAUGGGGGCAAUCGGUGGGGUAUAUUGGGUAUUCCGGAGAGUUUAUCUUUACAGAGGGAUGAGCAAGAGGAGGAGUGUGGAGGGCGCAGAGGUGCUAUUUGCUAUAGCUAUACUGGUAUUGCGGCUAGUUGGCAUGGGAUUUAUAUCCAUGCUGCGCCUAGGCUGGGACAGGUUGGACCGUCGACAUCGGAUGCACAGACAGACAUAGAUUCUGAUUUGGUCGGUGGUUCCAUUGUUGCUUGGGGUCGUAAUGACCGAGGCCAACUUCCACCGCCGGAUCUUCCGACUCCUACUAAACUAGCUGUUGGUAGUGAGCAUGCCAUUGCUCUUCUGGGAGAUGGUCGAGUUGCGGCGUUUGGAUGGGGUGAGCAUGGGAAUUGUGGGCCUGAUACAGAUUCCCAGGGAAAUGUAUCGGGUACAUAUAAUGUGAUUUCGCUCUCCGAAGCUGUGGGCGUGGAUGGGAGGGUUCUUGGGGUUGGAGCGGGGUGUGCGACUAGCUGGAUUAUUGUGACAUGA